CACGCCCUAAAGGACCCUCCCAUCUGCGCGAAUGCGCAUGCGUUCCCUGUGAGGCCGUGACCCUGAGAGGUUGCCGUCGCGCGCUGUGCGCAGACAGGACGUCCGGCGUGCGCAGGCGCUCGGCGCAGAGGCCUGCCGGAAGCCAAAAUGGCGUCUAGGUGUUCUCCGGGCCGCAGAUGGCGCCUGAUCAGUGUCUGAGCGGGUGUUUUGUAAGACGCUGUGGCGAACGCCCUCUUCGCCGCCAUGGCCCGGCAUCGGAAUGUUCGAGGCUAUAACUACGAUGAAGGUUUGUGAAGAUCUUGGGAAUGUGCCUAUUACUCACUCUUGUACCCCAAAUGUCUCUAAUAGUCCCUGACAUCGUAUUUUGAAGAUGAUGAUCUCUAUGGCCAGUCUGUAGAAGAUGAUUAUUGUAUUUCUCCAUCAACAGCUGCUCAGUUUAUUUACUCACGACGUGACAAACCUGUUGAGCCUGUAGAAGAAUAUGAUUAUGAAGAUCUGAAAGAAUCCUCCAAUUCUCUUUUGAACCAUCAGCUAAGUGAAUUUGAUCAAGCUCGUCUUUAUUCAUGCCUUGAUCAUAUGAGAGAGGUAUUUGGAGAUGCUGUGCCAGAUGACAUAUUGAUUGAAGCAGUUCUGAAGAACAAGUUUGAUGUGCAGAAGGCUUUGUCAGUGGUUCUGGAACAAGAUAAAAUGCAGAAAUUGAAGGUCAAGAAUGAAGGAGCAAUAUCUACAGGAAAGAUAGCAAAAGGAGUCUUAUUAUCUAACUCUGAAGUUUCAGCUGAUAAUGUUCAAAGCUCUUGUCCUCAGUCUGCAAAUCAUUUGGAUUGCAGUAGCAAACCAUUUGAUUUUUCUGGUCCAGUAACAAAAUGUGGAUUAUAUAAUAAUUCCUCAGUUGUACCAAGUCACUUUUUACUCCAUAAAAAAAAGAAACUUGACAGGCCUAGAAGUGAAAAGAAACUAGAAUCAUGGAAAUCAGUAGAUUCUCAGUCAUCUCGAAGUGAAUGUGAUAUUGUGCCAAAAGUUGCUAAAAUGACUGUAUCUGGAAAGAAGCAAACCAUGGGAUUUGAAGUGCCUGGAGUAACUGCUGAAGAAAAUGGUCAUGGUUUCCACACACCUCAAAAAGGACACCCUAGUGAAGAUACCAGCAUGGCUUCUUCUGAUGUUCUAGAUUCUGUUUCUAAAUCAGCUGUUCCAUCCCACACCAUUCAAGCAUCAGAGGAGCAGAGUUCAACACAAACACCAGUGAGAAAGUCUGGCAAGCUGAGGCAGCAGAUAGAUGUCAAAGCAGAGCUGGAGAAGCGGCAAGGAGGGAAGCAACUCCUCAACUUAGUGGUCAUUGGUCAUGUUGAUGCUGGGAAAAGUACUCUGAUGGGCCAUAUGCUUUAUCUUCUGGGUAAUGUAAACAAAAGAACUAUGCAUAAGUAUGAACAAGAGUCUAAAAAGGCUGGCAAAGCUUCGUUUGCAUAUGCAUGGGUCUUGGAUGAGACUGGAGAAGAAAGGGAAAGGGGAGUAACAAUGGAUGUUGGUAUGACAAAGUUUGAGACCACAACCAAAGUUAUAACAUUAAUGGAUGCUCCAGGCCAUAAGGAUUUCAUUCCAAAUAUGAUUACGGGAGCGGCCCAGGCAGAUGUAGCUGUCUUAGUUGUAGAUGCCAGCAGGGGAGAGUUUGAAGCUGGAUUUGAGACUGGGGGACAAACGCGAGAACAUGGCCUCUUGGUUCGUUCUCUUGGAGUAACACAGCUUGCAGUUGCAGUCAAUAAAAUGGAUCAGGUUAAUUGGCAACAAGAAAGAUUUCAAGAGAUUACUGGAAAACUUGGGCACUUUCUUAAGCAAGCAGGUUUUAAGGAAAGUGAUGUUGCUUUUAUCCCUACAAGUGGUCUCAGUGGUGAAAAUCUAAUCAUUAGAUCCCAGUCAAGUGAACUUACAAAAUGGUAUAAAGGACUAUGUUUACUAGAACAAAUUGAUUCCUUCAAACCUCCUCAACGAUCUAUCGAUAAGCCUUUUAGAUUAUGUGUAUCUGAUGUUUUCAAAGAUCAAGGAUCUGGAUUUUGUGUAACUGGGAAAAUUGAGGCUGGUUAUAUCCAAACUGGUGACCGACUACUAGCAAUGCCUCCUAAUGAAACCUGUACUGCAAAAGGAAUCACUCUGCAUGAUGAACCUGUCGAUUGGGCAGCAGCAGGCGAUCAUGUUAGUCUUACGUUGGUUGGGAUGGAUAUCAUCAAAAUUAAUGUUGGCUGCAUAUUUUGUGGUCCCAAAGAACCCAUUAAAGCUUGCACUCGAUUCAGAGCCCGAAUCCUCAUCUUCAAUAUUGAAAUUCCUAUCACUAAAGGAUUUCCUGUGCUGUUACACUACCAGACUGUCAGUGAGCCUGCUGUUAUUAAACGAUUGAUUAGCGUCUUGAACAAAAGCACGGGUGAGGUUACCAAGAAGAAGCCUAAGUUGUUGACUAAAGGUCAGAAUGCAUUGGUUGAACUACAAACACAAAGACCAGUGGCUCUUGAGCUAUACAAAGACUUUAAGGAACUGGGGAGAUUCAUGUUACGCUACAGUGGUUCUACAGUAGCUGCUGGUGUAGUCACUGAGAUAAAAGAAUGAUGGGUCAGAACUUCUCCAAUGUUUCCAAAUGCAAGGACAUAACUGAGCUGUGUUUUUAAAGAAUCCAGUUAUUCAAUUAAAGGAACAAUGUGCAAUUGGUAUUUUUUUUUAAAAAGAGAGAAAAUUAAAGCUAUAAUCAGCAGCAAAGAAGUAUUGAUUAUCACUCCUGCAAAAAUUUCAAGUUGCCAAACCAGCUUUCCCUUUGAAAUGGAUUUACUUUGCUAAGACUUACAGAAACUAUCUGAAAUACGUAUUAAAAGGAUUGAAUCAUCAUGAAAUGAACUCAACUUCCAGCCAAACUACCGAAUGUUUACAGUUUUCUUUUGGUUUUCAACUCUACUGCAUACAUUUUGGAAAAAAUAACUAAAUUGGGUGGUUGAGGUAGUUAAUAUUUGACCAGUGCAAAUUUUUGUUGUUGUUAACUCUAAGGAAAGAUUUACUGAAGGUUAUAAUCUUAAAGGUAUUUUGUGUUAAGCAUAAGAAUAUUCUUCCUCCAACAAGUAAACUUUUGAAAGAUUAGGUUGGAAUUAGUGGAAACUCUUCCUUUGUUAUCCAAACUAUUAUUUAAGGUGUAAAGCCAACUAAUAAAAUGUCUUAGUUUGAGCAUAACA